CUCUGAGUCUCCUCCACUUUUGUAUCGCACACCUUGUGCUGUCACCCCUCGCCGGGAGUGUUUUGUCUUUGAAGGAGCACGGUAGUUUGACUUAAAACUAAAAUGGCACCCAAGAAGGACCCGAGGGCUCCUAUCAAGAAGGCCGAACCGGCAGCGGCACCCGCGGCACCCGCGCCCGCACCCGCACCUGCAGCUGCAGCUGCUCCCAAAGCCCGUCCUGUGGACCUGUCCGCCGUCAAGGUUGAAUUCACUGCAGACCAAAUGGAAGACUACCGGGAGGCCUUUGGUCUGUUCGACAGGGUGGGUGACAACAAGGUGGCGUACAACCAGAUCGCAGACAUCAUGCGUGCUCUGGGACAGAACCCCACCAACAAGGAUGUGAGCAAACUGCUGGGAAGCCCCUCUGCCGAGGAAAUGGCCAACAAGAGAGUUACGUUUGAGGGUUUCCUGCCCAUGCUUCAAACCAUCAUCAACAGCCCGAACAAGGCCGGCUUUGAGGACUACGUUGAGGGUCUGCGCGUGUUCGACAAGGAGGGUAACGGCACAGUGAUGGGCGCCGAGCUGCGUAUCGUCCUGUCAACACUGGGAGAAAAGUUGAAUGAGGCGGAGAUCGACGCUCUCAUGGCGGGUCAGGAAGAUGAGAACGGCUGCAUCAACUACGAGGCCUUUGUCAAGCACAUCAUGUCAGUGUAAGGGCGCCCCCAGGCCCCUCCCCCCACCGCGGUGGUGGUGAGCAUCGAGUAUGUGCAGACCCCAUGGUGUCGUGACAUUCACUCGCUGUUUCCUGCGCCACCUGAGGAAGCAGGGCAAACAAAAGGACUAUGAGAUGCCAUUUCUAAAUCCUUCUAUUGUUUUUUUUCCACACGUAUUUGUUUCUUUUUUUGUUGUUUUUUCCUCAUCUCCAACUGGUGCUCCUUAGGCUUCUUCGGUUCCGGACGUGUUCCUAAAUUUCCAUCUCCCCAAAAUACCUUCGCCUGAUUGGGGGUACGCCAGUUUUCUCAGUGCAGGAGGGGGUGAUGGGAGAAAGAAGACCCUCCCUCUUGUCACUCAUUGGCCGGCAGUCUGAGCGACUGCUUUGGGCACAGGACUGGCUAUCGAGGUCGAUCCCCUCCUCAUCUAACCCGACCCUGAGUCUUAACUUAUUGUACUCUCAUCUGCCAUUUCGCAAAUAAACUUUUCACAAGUUCCCAUUUUA